AUGGUGCGUGCAUUGCGCACCCUUGCGCGGCGCCGGCUGCGCUCCUACUUAGAACCACAUCGCCCACCGGCACUGCGUGCGCAAAUGAUACCCCCUGUGUGCCGGCACGCACCCGAUGUGACGCUACCUGCAACACCCGAGACGUACUUGGCCUUGCGCAGCUCCUUGUACGAGCUGCACGCACUUCCGGAAGAUACAUUUCGAUCGCUCACCGACGAUGCAGGACGUACGGGCAUGUCUGGCAUUGCAGCGAAUAUUGCAGAAGAUGUACUGGAGCAUCGCGCGGCGCACCGCGGCUCGGCACGCCAACAGCGACUGCUUGUCUAUCUUCUUUGCAUGUGCUGCGACCAUGCACACCGCAUCCCGAUCGCAGCCGAGAAAGUGUGUGAAAUUGCAGUACAGUUUAUGCAUGGCGAAGGGCUUUGCUCACAGGAUGCACUGCCGCUGCACGUUGCCGCGUACAUUCUGCGCAUGGCACUUUCGAUACCGAACGACGGCGCACACCUCGGCCUGCUCCUGCCCCUUUUUCGCCGGCUCUCCAGCGAGGCCGAGUACCCACUGCUGGAAGAAGGACUGCAUUUAGUUGAGUAUACGAUGCAGCACACCAGCAUGCACCCAAGCGCUGUGAUGGACAUGGUCUCUCAAAUCGCGCGCGUCGACCGCGAGCAGCUCAGCGAGCACAUCCUCCAGCAGGCGCGCGGCGAUGGCUUUGCUUGGCGGCGAUGGGCGCGCGCCGCUGCAGCGCUCAGCGACGUAAGCGCUGUGCGCGGUGCUGUUGACCAGCUGCAAACGCACGCGAUGCGCAUCUCGAUUUGGUCUUUGUGCUGCAGAUUAUGGCUCCGGCAGAACCGCGCGCGGCGAUUUGCGUCUGCAUUGCGCCAGCUCUUAGCUGAGCUGGCUUGUGCGGACGAGGCGGUCGGAUCGCGGCGCGGCGAGCACCGCUCCCCAAGUGCCUCCAUAGUGCGCACCAUGCUCCAAAUGCACUUUGUGCACCUCGCUGGGCGUGGAUCGAAGAACGCGAUUCAUGUCGCACUCGAUACAGCGCGGAAUUUCAAAGAGGCUGCAAGCAUCGCGCCGCACGUACAAGCGCUGGUGUGCGAGAAGGCGAUUGCACUGGGUGAUUUGCGCACCGCUGCGCAGUUGCUCGCACUGUUUACCACUGCGAGCGACGCACGAUCGCUGCUGCAUGCGCUCAGCGCAUCAAACGUGCUUGUAGUUUUGGCAUAUCUCGUCGCGUCUGCACAGCUUCCGCAGGCACAUGCGCUAUGGGCAUGGGCAAAGCAUGCGGUGCACGCCGACGAAAUGGAUACCCUCUGGCCCAGCACCUUGCGCGGCCGUCUGUUGGCUGUGCUUGCGCGUGCAGAUCUUUAUGAGGAUGCUCGGCAUUUGUAUACGCGCUGGGCACCGCUCACACGCAUUGCGUCGCAACAUCGCGCGUCCAUCGUGGGGGCGGCUUUGGGGCAGUGCCCACCGCCGCAAGAUCGUGGCCUUGCAUCACGAAUCCUGCACGUCUUGGCACAGCGCGUCACGCUUCCCCGUUUCUCUGCGCACGACAGCGCCGAAGCUGAUGAUACCUUGCUUUCCAGCACGCCAGCGCUUAUGCUUGCCAUGGUACGUGGCGCCGUCCAGCGACAAGACUCUAUUGGCACAGAGAUUCGCGACGCUUUUCUACAGGCCGCGCCGCUCGCACAGCGCAACCACUAUGACCUGACGGCACUUGCGCAGGCGUCGUUUCUACUGCGCGAUCUACCCACGGCGGUAGCUUUGUACCAUAUAUUGCUUGCACACUACAAGCCGGACGAUACGGAUCUUGCGGUGUUGCUUGGGGGACUUGCCGAGCUGGACGCCUCCCACGCCGUAUCCCUCUUCUUAGCACACGCCCAAGCAUCUCCGCGCGCCCGAUCCUCGGGCAACGCACACCUCUACGCUGCGCUGCUGGCCAAGUGCACUGCAGUGCACAAUGUUGACGCGGCUGGCGCGGUGUAUCGCGCCGCAGUGCAUCGUGGACUGGGCGCCAAGCUGGGGCGCGAUGCGUGCUCCGUUCUCUUUACGCAGUCUGACGAUGCGCCGGUCGUGUAUGUACGGCGGGCACUUGCACUCAUGCGUGAGCACUGGAUCCCGGAGCCCAAGUUUGUGAAUUGGAUGAUCCGCAGCGCCGCGCGCGGCCUUUCGUUGCGCGCAGCGGCAAAGGGCAGGCGUGCUGCGCCGGCGCCGGCGCCGCAGCGGCGUGCGCGGCCGGCGAUUGGCGCUGCGGUGCGGCUGUACUGUGCCGUAGCGACGCGUUUUGGCUACAUUGAUCUGCCUACUACGCGCUUUCUCCUGUACAGCAUUGCGGGCCACGCGCCCGAGUCCGACGCGGUGCACAGCUUGCGGCGCUGUGUGCUGCAGCUGGACAACGCAGUGUAUGCGGUGCGGUGGACGCCGCAGAAGUAUGGCAUGGCAUCGUACGGAGCGAUGACGGGGUCCGAUGCUACGGAAAGUGUGCUGAUUCCACUAUUGCUGCAGAUUGUGCUCGCAUACGACGCAUUGCACGACGAGCGGGGCGUCUGGGAAACGCUUGCGUGGAUGCGCUCGCUGAUCAAAGGAGAUCUGGGGCAGAAUAUGGCGCCUGCGCCGCUGAGAAAUGCAUUUGCGGCACUCAUGAAGCGGUAUACUGUGCCAGAGCACGUUCCACACACCAAGCACUGGUGGGUACAUAGUCCAUAG